AUGAGCGGCACCUCUAGCCAGUCCAGUCGUACGAGUCCCGGCUCUUUUGGAACUACACAGCUCACAGAGUCAGUUUCGUCUGGUUCGCCCCCACAGCAGUCACUCCCUACUUCGCAGGCGCCUUUGACGGCUCAGCAUGCGAUGUCGACCGACGUCUAUAGUCCGAAUGCGUCGCAAGCGCCAUCAUCUAUGAAUCCAUCUUUUUCAUACCCUUUCUCUCCUAUCGGCACAUCAGCCUCAUUUGAUAACAACAUGCGCUUGGGUGAUACCGAUCGCAAUAUCCAGGGCCUGAAUGGCCUUGGUCGCGCAGGAAAUGGAGGCGCGAUCCUCAUGCGAAAACUGCCACGAAACACCAGCCGCGAAGCGCUUCGCAGCAUGCUGCUCUUCGCCAAGGACUUUGUUGACGCAGACUUCGUGACUUUGGACCUGCCGGAGGAUGACGGGUUCUUGACCGCGAUCGCCCGUUUUAUGACUUUGCCUGCGGCUGAGGAGGCCAGAUCUCUCCUUGAUGGCAAACCGAACUCCAAGAACGAUGCCAACAUGGUCGUCGAGAUGUACCCACCGAUGGGACCGAAUCUUUCGAACACGCGUCGUAACACCAUUGAUCACACCGCGAGUCGUGCUUUGAUGGGUGCCUCCAACGGCCCCCCUUGCGCCCUGGAGAGACUCUCUGGCGCCAAUCCCAACCAGGCUAUUGGCGAAGGACUUCCCCCGACUUCCGAGUCAGGCUCGCGUAUGCACAGCCUCUUUUCUCCACAAUCUCCGAUCGGAAAUGGCAUAGAUACCCUCCCACGUAUAACCGGAAAGUCUAUGAUCGAUGAAGACCCGGAUGAGGAGACCGGCGAGUUGCUCAAGGAUCCGGUAGGCUAUGCAGAGAAUGGCCAUUCUACCAAUGUCUCCGCCGGCCGCCGCGCCACCAACCCACAAAUUCCUACCACCCGCUUCGCCAACUUGUCCCUGUCGACCAACAUGGCCUCGCCACCCUUGCCAAACUACCCUGGGGGUAAUGCGCAGCGUAUGGGCGGUGGAACGCCGGCAUCUGCAUACCCGAACCAAGGUCAUGGUUUCCCAUACAAUGCCCAGCAUACACCACGCCACAGCCUUCCCGCUGCAAACCCCAAUGACUUGAAUCCUCCUUGCAACACUUUGUAUGUGGGCAACUUGCCACCAGACACUUCUGAGGAGGAACUCAAAGCUCUUUUCUCCAAACAACGUGGGUACAAGCGACUUUGUUUCCGAAACAAGCAGAACGGCCCCAUGUGCUUCGUGGAAUUUGACGAGGUUGCCAUGGCUAGCAAAGCACUCAAUGAACUAUACGGCUACAAACUGUCGAACAGUGUGAAGACUGGCAUCCGUCUCAGCUUCUCAAAGAAUCCCCUGGGUGUGCGCUCCGGUCAACCUGGCAGCAUGAACUCAUCCAACGCGGUCUCUGGGCAAGGCGCAGUCCCUGGAGGCAACAGCUUGAGUGGAAUUCACAACAACAUGUUCUCGGCUGUCAACGGUCCCCCUCCGGGACUGGCAGCACCCCCUGGUCUUGGCAUGCCCAUGCCUGCGCCGCCCAUGCGCAAUGGUGCCGUCAUGCACAACCCCGUCAAUCAGCACGGUGGACUGAUGGGCAACGCCUCAUACAACCCCAACUCGGGCCUGGGAAUCCGAAACGGAGCCAAUCCGAUGAUGAUCUCGUCGCCGCCGCCCCCUUCUAGUGCCGGUGGCACUAAUGCGGUGCCGAACCUGAAUGGUUAUAAUUCCUUUUACCCCGACUACAUGAUGGGUCGCUAA